CACAGAGACACAGAGAUGGGAAGCUAUUCCAUGGAAACCGAUUCCCUUCCUUCGAUGAGGGAGGAGGAGAUGAAGGAGACGCUGUCUCUGGCGGUGGAAGCGGAGGAGGAGGAGGAGGAGGAGGAGGUAUGGCCGCGGAAGUGCGGCGGGGUGACGCUCGAGGGAUACGUGGACGGGGCGGACGGCGGAGAGGAGGGAACCGGCGGCGUCGCGAGGACGAAGAGCUUGACGGAUGAGGACCUGGAUGAGCUCAAAGGGUGCCUCGACCUCGGAUUCGGUUUCAGCUACGAGGAGAUCCCCGAGCUCUGCGACACGCUCCCUGCGUUAGAGCUCUGCUACUCCAUGAGCCAGAGGUUCUUGGACGAGCAACAGCAACAGCAGGAUCGCUCCUCCUCUGCCGAGUCCAUGGAUCUGAGCGCGCCGCCUCCUUCUCCUCCCAUCGCCAACUGGAGGAUCUCCGGCCCUGGGGAUGAUCCGGAUGCAGUAAAAGCAAGGCUCAAGUAUUGGGCCCAAGCAGUGGCUUGUACUAUUAAAUUAUGCAGCUGACACAUACAUGGUUCGACUUUUCCCAGUUCUUCAGGAGAUCGAAGAAUUAAUCCAUCGGCUUCUGCUGCCAAGCUUAUGUUUUGACAGAGUGAAUCCUCUCCUGAUGUUUCUCUGCUUGGUUUCAUUGCAUGCUGCUAUCAUUUUUCUGGAGAUGGAAGGAAGCUGACGCAUAGAUAAGAAGUAGAGAAUUGCAAGAAAGAAAGACGUCUGAAAUCACAUUGAGAACAUGUCUGAUCUGCAUUCCUGUGGAGUACACAUCUUCCUUUAACAAAAUCGUUUUCAUGUUGGUUGCUUUACUCUGUGGACAUUGAUUGAUGUGACCCACAUGAAAGCAGUGCUGUUCUGAGGGGGAUGAUGCAUCCACCACAGUAAAUGAAGGAUGCUUAUACUGAGACCAAGAAAGAAUCCCCAUGUCAGUCUCUGCACUGCAAGAAGAACAAGUUUAGCAGAGCUUCUAUAAUACAUUGAUUUAGUCUGCUGUGAUUCUUUAAAAUUAUGAUAAACAAUUAAUAAUCUGGUUUUUUUUG